AUGGAGUCGCGGCUGCAUCGGCGGUGCGUUUUCAUCCUAGUGGCGACUGCUGACUUUUUGCUGCGCGGCUGCGCCGGUGAGUGACUUUGCGGGCUAAGCUGCCUGGCGCGCAGCAGGAAUUUGCGAGCGGGCAAUUUACUCCGCGCAACGCAUUUACUGGAGGCAGAGUAAGGGUAGGCGGAUUUGUUCACCUUGUACCGUAUCCCUAACAUAAGUCUCCCUUCCCGGUCAGUUCCUGCUGUUGCCAUCACGAGAAAAAACUCCUUAUCGUUCUGGAGCCUCAUACUCCACCCCCCCAAAAAAGCUAGCAUUGCAUAGGGGGAAGCCUAUAUUUGGGGAAUUUGCCCGCUUCCAAAUCUUCAGCUGAUCAGCUUUGUGUCAUAGAAUAAUAGAAUUGCAAAGUUGGAAGGGACCUCAGGGGUCAUCUAGUCCAACCCCCUGCGAUGCAGGAAUCUCAGCUGAAGCAUCCAUGACAGAUGGCCUUCCAACCUCUGCUUAAAUUUUAAGCCUUAAAAACCUCCAAGGAAGGAGAGUGAGUCCAUUCCACUGUCUUUUAGAUGCAAAAAAAUAAUUUUAAAAAUGUCCUUUGCGCUGCAAAGUCAUGCAUGCUGUCAGGAGAAGUAUAAAAGAAGCACCAGCCUUAGGCUUUGCCAUAGGAAAGGGAGAUCACAGUACAGAACUUCUGACAAACAGGAGUUUCCCACCCCACAAUACUUUUAUCUCUGUAAACACAAACACACAUUGCUCCACUUAUCUGGUGUUGAUUGGAUUCUGGUCCUGAACUGAACAUCCUCUCUCUCUCUCACACACACACACACACGGAUAGAGAGACACAGACAGGCACACACACAAACACUCACACACAAAACACCUUCCUCACAUCUGGCUGAGCUCUUGCCAAGGCAUUUAAAUAUUUCAGAGUAGUGGGAAAUGAGCCCUGCCAGGCUUUUCAGUGUAUGCAAAAAUGUAAUUGCCCAAGAGGAUUUAAGUUUUGUGCUUCUCUUGAAACCGCCUCUGGGGAGUUUCGCUUUUGCAGGUCCCUCUAGUAGUUGUGCGGUAAUCUCUGUCUUUUUGGCUGGGCUCAGAAUGUGCCUUCAGACUGCAGUGUUUCCCAAAUUUGGGUCUCCAGCUGUUUUUGGACUACAACUCCCAUCAUCCUUAACUAGCAGGACCAGGUGUGUGUGUGUGUGUGUGUGUGCGCGCGUGAGAGAGAGAGAGAGAGAGAGAGAGAGAGAGAGAGAGAGAGAGAGGUGGGGAGGGGAGGAGGUCCAUCAUAACAGACUCUGCAGUCAUUGUUAACCGCUCCCUAGAAGCUUGUGGUUCAGCAAAAGUAUAUAAAACAGGACUCCUUCCCCCUUGAAACUUCACCUCUGCUUUGUACAGUGGUACCAGUGUGGCCACUGUGGUGUAGUGGUUAAGAGCGGUAGUCUCGUAAUCUGGAGAACCGGGUUCGAGUCUCCGCUCCUCCACAUGCAGCUGCUGGGUGAUCUUGGGCCAGUCACACUUUGAAGUCUCUCAGCCCCACUCACCUCACAGAGUGUUUGUUGUGGGGGAGGAAGGGAAAGGAGAAUGUUGGCUGCUUUAAGACUCCUCAGGGUAGUGAUAAAGCGGGAUAUCAAGUCCAAACUCUUCUUCCUUCUUCUUCUACCUCAAGUUACAAACGCCUCAGGUUACAAACGCUUCAGGUUACAAACUCUGCCAACCUGGAAGAGUUACCUCUUUGCCCCAGGAUGAGAAUGGAAAUCAUGUGCCGGUGGCUGAACGGCAGCAAGAGGCCCCAUUCGCGAAAGCACGCCUCUAGUUAAGAACAGUUUCAGGUUAAGAACGGACCUCCAGAACAAAUUAACUUCGUAUAGUGUCUUUCCUGAUGAAGAACAUAUUUUUAUUUGUUAAAGGGGUUGCCCAGCUUUGGAACUGAAUUAUUAAGAUUUAAUUUAACAUUUAUGGAGCAAACUACCUUGGAAGUUGCUGGACUCUCCUCUGUUGGAAGUUUUUAAGCAGAGAUUGGAUGGCUGUCUGUUAAGGAUUCUUUAGCUGUGAUUCCUACAUUCUCCCCCCCCCCCCCAAUUCCUUGGGUGUCCUUUCCGACAAUGGUACGAUUCUGUAAUCUGAUGGCCGUGGGUUUUAGCUUCCAUUUGGGCUCUUUUCAGUUUUUACAUAACUGUGCCAGUGCUGACCUUUGAUUUUCCUUGCAACUGGGGGUGUAUGUUGAUGCAUAAAUAACCACACAUUUAAGACAGGAGAAAGAGGAAGUAGGAGCAGCUCUUCUCUUUUCCUUCCUGCAUGUUCCUCCCCCCCCCCCCGCCCCGCCACACACCACAAAGAGCAACAGAGGCAGAGGUACUGCUGUUGAGGAGGGUUGGGGGAAGUUUCAGGGGCUUCUCAGCCCAAGGUGGUGGUGGAAAAUCCCCCCCCCCCUUUUUGCUCUUUUUCAGCUUCUGCUUCAGGUAGAAGUAGGAGACGGGAGAGGAAGUUGCUGCAUACUGCGCCCACCACCUUGCAACACCUGCAGCUUCUGAGAGGCUGCUUUUCUCUCAAAAUAAAAGUGGCAGAUGUUCCGCAGGCUGGCUGAGCCUAACUGCAGUUUGACCCUGAAUGGGAGGGGGGCCAUGGCAUAGCAAGCCACAGAAGCUCCCCAGGUGCGUGCAGUUCACAGCCGAAUCUCCUGCGGUUUCCUCCCAGCCACUUGGGGUAAAAUCCACCUCACAUAGUGCACUUUUCAUUGCAGUUGUAGGCCUACAACUAUGUCCCUCUAUCACCUGCACGAUAGUAGAUGGUGCCCCCAAAUUUCUGUCACUUGCCAUUUACAAUUGUUUUAUUCAGUACAGUGGUACCUCGGAUUACAGACGCUUCAGGUUACAGACGUUUCAGGUUGCAGACUCCGCUAACCCAGAAAUAGUAGCUUGGGUUAAGAACUUUGCUUCGGGAUGAGAACAAAAAUCGUGUUCUGGCGGUGUGGCAGCAGCAGGAGGCCCCAUUAGCUAAAGUGGUGCUUCAGAUUAAGAACAGUUUCAGGUUAAGAACAGACCUCCAGAACAGAUUAAGUUCUUAACCCAAGGUACCACUGUAUAGUUUUCUUUCAAAAAGUGCCUGAGAUGGGGGUGGGUGGGUUUGCAACUGAAUCCCAAUAAAACUGCCCCAUAGAAGCAGAUUUCUGUGCUCAUACAGUUUUAUUUCUGUAAACCAGAAAGAGCUGUCAACAAACAAAAUGCCACACAGUGUCUAGAUAGCCAAAGCUUCUCUGCUUCUCUCUCGAUCAGGUGCCUGGGGUGGCAUGUGUGCCCUGUGCCCAGGGGUGGAGCUGUUAGGGUAUAGUUCCAUUCCACCUUUAGAACAGAUAUGUGUAUUGUUGUAUGUCACAUGUCUGUUUACAUUCCAGCACAGUCUGCUGGGAACUUCCGUUGUGUAUUGCUUUUGCUUUACUGCUGUUUGCUUGGACACGAAGGGAAGCAGAUAUGUUUUUCCUUUGUUCCUGAACUAUGCUGAAUAAACGCCUGUAAAAAUGCUUACACAUGUCUCUGUCCGCCACUUCCGUUGUGAGAAGUUAUUCACUCUGCUGAUAAGAGCGUGCUCAGCUUCUGAGGCUUGAGUUGCUGAUUGAUGCUGGAGCCAGCUGGGGGCCUGCCAAAUGCCCCCGUCUCCCCAGAUGCAUCCCAACAGGGGCAGCCUCCCGUGGCGAAGGGGCGAGCCAGGGCAGGAUGCUCCACGGGGCCUCCAAGGAGUCUGCCUGCCUCCUCCCACUCAGCCCCCCUACAGCUGAGUGGGAGGUGGUGGGCGGACCAUUGGGGCAGCAUGGAGCCUGUGGGCACCCAAAGCCACCACGUCACUCCCAGGAGAGAUGCGUGACUUGGGUGCACUGCAGGUCCCACAGUGAGUGACCCCUGGCAUUUUGUCACCCUCCCUCAGUGGUGACACCCGGGGCUCCCACAGCACCCCCUUCCUCCGCCCCUGACACUGGCGGAAGGAAACCCAUCCCAUCCUGUUUUGCUACUACAGACAGAAUGGGAUACUGUCACCCCCACCAAGGCCUUACUUACGGGGGUUGUGUGGCUGGGCUCUGGCUUCUGGGCUCUGGCAAGAUCUCACGAGAGCCCACAAGAUUUUGGGGGCUCUCUUGAGAUCUUUCUGGAACCGGGAAGCCGCUGCCACCACUUCUCCUCACCCUCUGGGAUGGUGGUGGAGCCCAUGGCAGUGUCCCUCGCAGAUCGCUUGAACUCUGCCCCUCUUUCUCCUCUCCAGGCUCCUCCUUCCACAAGUUCCAGCUUAUCUACAUAUCUGUGUCAGAACCCGAUCAGACAAUGCCCAAGUUCACUGCUUUGGGGUAUGCAGAUGACCAGCUCGUCACUCGCUUUGAUAGCAACACAGAAGAGGGGGUGCCUCAAGUCUCCUGGGCUAAAAAGCUGAAGGAGGAUAUUCAUGAGUACUGGGACAGGUACACCAAGGUCUUGGAGGACAGUGAGCGGUGGUUUGAAAAUUAUCACCAUAUCAUAAGGCAGUACUACAACCACAGCAAGGGUGAGUGUAUGUAAGAAAGGGCCGAAUCUGUCGAUUUCAGUUCAGUUCUCAUUUCUACAUCAGUUUGCACUUACAUCACUACAUCAUUAACAUUUUAGUGUGAAUUUAGUGUGAAUACAUCAACAUCCCCCCCUACAAUGAACCUUUUUUCAGUUUCCCCAAAUGUAUUGCAUUUUUCUAUGACCAUUUCAUGAAUUUAUGCAUUUUUAUGCACACUUUGUCCAGGUGUUGCAGUUUUGUUCACAUUACUUGGCUGGAGAACUCCAUAGCAAAAUUGGGAGAACUGCAAAAUUGAAGGAUGAGUCUGAUGCGACCAUCAUAUUGUUUGAGAUAGUGCAGUUUAAGUAGGUUCACCUAUAGAAGUGGACUAAACUGAACUGACCCCCCCCCCAUCCCUGGUGGUGAAAGAGAUUUGAAUUCACCACACACUAUGCACAUUGAAUGCUGGUUGGGAGGGAAGGGGGCAGAGAGAGAGAUGAGCUUAAGAAAGUUUUUUUUCUGGGGAGGUGGGCAAGGUAAAUAAUCCAGCUAUAUUGGAUAAUAUGCAUAACUACCACCAGAGAACACAUCUACCUUUCCUGGUAGAUCUUGUGACUGAAGGUCACUUGGCCUAUAUAGGAUGCAGGCAAAGCCUAUAUAAGAGGCAUAAUUAUUUUUAAAAAGUGAUUUUUAAAAAAUAAUAUUUCAACAAGGGACUCUUCUAAGAAAUAAGGUUAGCACUUUGGAAUGACUACAUAAGCAAAAUAGAGAUCCACAAAUAUAUGACCAAUGAAAGGGUACUAGACAACAGCUUGAGCUGGAUACAGCUCAAUGGAUGCCAGGUGGUCUUUCUUCAUGACAUAGAAAAACCCUUAUUGCAAAUAAUAACAGAAGUCACGUGCAUUAACAGAUUGAUUUCUUCCAUGAUUUAAGCAAAGAUAGUUUUGAUUCAAUAAGGCUGAAUGAUAUCAUUGUAAAAUAUAUAAAUUUAGAUCAAGCAGGUUGAAAGGUAGGAAACCUGCAACAAGUAUCAGAAGACUGAGAAACAAAAUACGGAUCACACAUAGGGGCAAACAACCACAUGCUUUUCUGUUUCUACGGAAAAAGCAUUUGAUAGAGUAGAAUUGAUUUAGUCGCUUAAAGUAUUAGAAUAUUUCAAUUUGGGUGUGGAAUUUAUCAACUGGAUCUGACUUUUGUAUCAAUACCCAGAAGCACAAAUAGUGAUGAAUGGAGCAUUGUCAGAGAGAUUCAAUCUAUCUAGAAGAACCAAAUAGGGCUUGAGAUCUGAUGGUGAAAAGUGGUUGUUGUUGUUUUUGAGAGGGUGGUCUGCACCUGUUCUAAUGCCCCCAUUGUGAUCUCAUCAUGGGUGUCUUUUUCAGGUUUUCAUACCUGGCAGAUGAUGGUUGGCUCUGAGGUGAGUCCACAUGGGAGCAAUGAAGCAUAUUGGACGUUUGGCUAUGAUGGGAGGGACUUUCUCAGCCUUGACAAGGAGACUGAUGCCUGGAUUGCAGCAGAUGCGGUGGCCCAAGUGAUUGAGAGGAUGUGGGAGGCUGACAGUUCCAUGAUCCCACGUUUCAAGUUCUUAGUGGAGGUGGUUUUCAUUGAAUGGCUGCAGAAAUAUGAAGCCUACGCAAAGGAGGCUCUGCUGCGGAAAGGUGAGGGGGCAACAGAGGUGGGGGAAGAUGGCAUAUUUCAUUUGGUUAAUUGGUUAGAUAGUUAUAAAAAUAUGUCUACACUGCUUUGUCACAACAAAUAUCUCCAAGCAGUUUACAGUAAUAAAACUAUAAAACCAUGCAAUAAAACAUUUAAACAGUCAAAACCAGACAUCAGUUAACUAUUGCAGAUGGUUAUAGUCUUAAUUGCCUGCAUAAGCCAUGUGGCAUAGAAAUGUUUUCAGUAAGCAUUUAAAAAUUGGGACCUGAAGGUGCUUGCCAAAUUUCUAUUGGCAGAGUGUUCCAAAGGACUGGACUGAUGACACUAAAGUCUUGGUUUCUUGGCUCAGCAAUCUUUUUCACUGGUCCUGAAAGACCUACAUGGGCUCCCAGUACGUUUUUGAGCACAAUUCAAAGUGUUGGUGCUGACCUUUAAAGCCCUAAACUGCCUCGGCCCACUAUACCUGAAGGAGCGUCUCCACCCCCAUUGUUCAGCCCGGACACUGAGGUCCAGCUCCGAGGGCCUUCUGGCGGUUCCCUCAUUGCGAGAAGUGAGGUUACAGGGAACCAGGCAGAGGACCUUCUUGGUAGUGGCGCCCGCCCUGUGGUACACCCUCCCGACAGAUGUCAAGGAAAUAAACAACUAUCUGUUUAGAUAGUUCUGUAUUGGGAAAUUUUUUAUGUCUGAUAAAUUUAGAUUGAACCAAAUUCCUUGGGGAAGUUGUUUUUGGACAAUGCUGUAUUCCUGUCAUUCUAGGAAUAAUCAGAGGUUGUGAAUGCCAAUGAGGUACUUAAGUGUUUAUCGCAAGGAAGCUACUUUGUACAAUAGCUCCUAUGGAAAUGUGUCUCUUGGGGAUGCUCUAGGCCUGAGAUCGUAAUCUCUGGGGUGGGGCAUAGUUCAGUGUUCGUCCUGCCAGCCACUGGAGAGCCUCAUGUGUUAACUAAAGUGCUGCCAUUUUUGCAGAACCCCCAGUAGUCAAGGUAACUAGGAAGCCAAACAAUGAUGGCAUGGAAACUCUCAUCUGCCGGGCCCACGGCUUCUAUCCCAAGGAGAUCAACUCUACCUGGAGAAAGGAUGGGGAGACUUCUGGGCAGGAUACAGUUCAUGGGGGCGUUCUCCCCAACUCAGAUGGAACCUACUACAACUGGCUCAGCAUUAAGAUCAACCCCAAAGACAGAAACCGCUAUUGGUGCCAUGUGGAGCAUAUUGGCCUACAGAAGCCUAUGGACGUGCCCUCAGAAGAACCUGGUGAGAGAUUGCGGGGAGACGAAUGGGAUGGAAGUAUGCCCAAUCUGCUCUGAACUCAAAUUUAGAUAUUCUAAAUAAUAAUACUUCUAUUAUUUAUACCCUGCCCAUCUGGCCAAGUUUCCCCAGCCACUCUGGGCGGCUUCCAGCACAUAUUAAAGCAUAAUAAGAUGUCAAACAUCAAAAACAUCUCAAUACAGGGCUGCCUUCAGAUGUCUUUAAAAGUUACGUAGUUCUUUAUCUCCUUGACAUCUGAUAGGAGGGCAUUCCAUAUAGAGAGUGCCAUUACCAAGAAGACCCUUUGCCUGGCUCCCUGUAACUUCACUUCUCGUAGUAAGGGAACCUCCAGAAGGCACUCGGAGCUGGAUCUCAGUGUCUGGGCUGAGCGAUGGGGGUGGAGACGCUCCUUCAAGUAUACAGUACUGGCAAAAGUUGGCUGCCAUCUUUCCCUGGUAAGCCCGAGUGGUUGCAAUGUCCUGGAAUGUUCACAAAUAUUUUAUGUAUAUUGAAGUAUAUUGAAGGUGAACGCGUCCGCCAGAUGUUGAUGAGUAAAACCCUUUUAAGGCAUCCCUCUGUAGGGAGAGAAUGGCCUUUCACUCCAGCUCCGGAAGGACUCUUGCAAAGCUGGGUGGGUGAAGAGGGGUGGGAUGGGCCAUCCUUCACUAUUCCCCCUUUGUACCAUUGAACCUCUCUGAAUUUCAUGAGUCCUGUGGCCAUCUUUGGUUUCCUCCCAUGAAAAGCAAAGACUCUUCUUGGUUUCCCUUCAAUUAUUCUCCUCUUCCUCCUUCCCACCAUUCAACUUUAGGCUCCCACGUGGGGAUCAUUAUUGGCUGCAUCCUGAGCGGAAUCUUCCUCCUGGUGGCUGUGAGUGUUGGGAUCUAUGUGCACAUCAGUAAGUAUAUUUGGGGCCGCAUUUGCUACCAGGUUGCAGUCAGUCAUUCUGUGGGCUAAAGUGAUUCCCUUUCCUACUGAUACUCUCCAUUCUGGGAAGGAUGCAUCAGUUUGGUUUACAGUUUUGGGGAGCAGUUUUGCUGCUCUCCCCUGCUGGACUUCCCCUGCUUAUCUCCCCUGCCACUGAUGCAUUAGUUUAAAGGUUUGUAACUCUUAGCAUAUAUGUGUAUUUGUCACGGGUUUUGUCUCUGGCUAAAACAGUAAGACAGCUCAUCAGAGAAGGGCAUGUGUGUGUGUGUGUGAGAGAGAGAGAGAGAGAGAGAGAGAGAGAGAGAGAGAGGUGUAAGCGCCGUGGAUCUGGGCCCAUAACCUUGUUGUUGGCAUGCGACCAAGGAAAUGGGGGCAAUUGGCAGGCCCCCAGCUGGCUCCAGCCCACCGGCCACUGUGCCGGGCGAUCUCCUUGGUGAAGCAUCAGCGACCCGAGUUUCAGAAGCUAGGGCACGCUACUCAGCAGAGUAAACGCUACGCAACAGAGGUGGCAGGAGAAGUUGUGUGAGCAGAUUUACAAGCAGUUUAUUCAGCGUACAUCAGGACAAAAGGAAAACAUGUCCGAUCUCCUUUGUGUCCAAAGCAAGACAGCAUAAGCAAAAGCUAUACACAAACAGAAAUUCCCAGCAAGCUGUGCUGGAGUGUAAACAGACAUGUGACAUACAACAAUUCCACACAUCUGUUCUUAAGGUGGAACAGAAUAUCCCAGCACCCCCAUCCUUGCUCACCCAGCCUAACCUCCUUCUCCAUUCCCUCUUUUGCAGCUAAGAAACAAGGGUCUGGCAGCUCCAGUGGGGGUAAGUUUGUGGGGAUAAGCAGGGGCAAGUGUGUGAAGAAGAGCAAUUCUGCCUUUCACUAAGGCUGUUCCAGUGAAAUUAUCUUUGCAAAUAAACUGUACCUGCAAAACCCUUUUAAGCGUUCUGUUUAAGGGACGCGGGUGACGCUGUGGGUUAAACCACAGAGCCUAGGACUUGCCAAUCAGAAGGUUGGCGGUUCUAAUCCCCCGUGACGGGGUGAGCUCCCGUUGCUCGGUCCCUGCUCCUGCCAACCUAGCAGUUCGAAAGCACGUCAAAGUGCAAGUAAAUAAAUAGGUACCGCUCCGGCGGGAAGGUAAACGGCGUUUCCGUGCACUGCUCUGGUUCGCCAGAAGCGGCUUAGUCAUGCUGGCCACAUGACCCAGAAGCUGUACACCGGCUCCCUUGGCCAAUAAAGCGAGAUGAGUGCCGCAACCCCAGAGUCGGCUACGACUAGACCUAAUGGUCAUGUGUCCCUUUACCUUUACUCACAUAUUAAUAAUCUGCACUUUAAAACAUUUCAAGAGAACAAAACAAGCCAACGUAUCCAUAAAAAACAUCAGUAGAUGGCAAUUGGUUAGAAAGAGAAAAUUCAUGUUAACAAAGGCCUGUCAUAAAAGGUAUAGCUUUUAAGAGACUUCUGAAAGAAGAUGGGGAUGGUUCCUUUAUGGGCAUUCUUACUUUUAUUUUGCUUAUUAAGGUUAUUUGUCACUUCUUUUGCAAAAGUAACUCAGAGUGACUUUAAACAAUUAGGAACAGGGCAGUGUCCUAGUUACAGUUAACUGGAGCUCUUGGAACUACCAGUCGUGCCUUAUCAGAGGAUCUCAGUGAUUGAGGUGGGACCUAAAGAAUCAGACUGCCUUUGACCAUGUUCUUUUCCUACCUGGUUUAUAUUUCUAAAGGGAAGCUUCUUCCGUCUUGGUUGGAUUCCAAACCCCCCGCUUAAACGGUGCAAGAAGUCAGCUUCUCUGCGUUUGAGGUGGAGUCCAUGUUUUCUCCAUUUUAGGUUGGCCAAAGCAGUUGAUUCCAAAACAGAAAUAUGGUUUUUGGAGUAAGAAAUCUAAUAACACAGAGUGGGGUGUGUGGAAUGAAACAGGGAUAUGUGUUUUCUUUUAACCAUGGCUGUGGAGCUUGCCAGAAAUAGGCUGCCAGAACAGAACCAGCAUGAAGGGGGUGUAGAAGAAGAGUUUGGAUUUGAUAUCCCACUUUAUCACUAUCCUAAGGAGUCUCAAAGCGGCUAACAAUUUCCUUUCCCUUCUUCCCCCACAACAAACACUCUGUGAGGUGAGUGGGGCUGAGAGACUUCAGAGAAGUGUGACUAGCCCAAGGUCACCCAGCAGCUGCAUGUGGAGGAGAAGGGAAGCGAACCCGGUUCACCAGAUUACGAGUCCACUGCUCUUAACCACUCCACCACACCGAGGUGGCAUUGAAAGGGGAGCAAUGAAAAUGAAUGCAUGAUUCACCCCCUCCCCUAAAAAUUAACUGAGUCAAUAUUAACAAAUGGCCAACACUGAAUCCAAUUAAUUAUCUAAAGAUACAUGGAGAAACAGAAACUUUACCAGCAGGUGACAAAAUGUGAGGACAGUGUUCCAAGUUAAUGGUGAUGCUCUGCUGAAAACUUUGGUUUGAGUAGAAAUGAAAUGAAUAUGAGAUAAUAUUGUGGGACAGCAAGGAGGGCUUCUGCAGCUGAUCCUAGGAAUAUGGCUGGUACAUAAGGUGGUCCUUUGGGUAACCUGGUCUGCUUAGGGCUUUGUCCACUGGCAGUAGAACCUUGAGCUUAAGUGGGUAAUAUCCUGACAACCAGUACAGAAGUUUCAGUUUGGGGAAGGGAAAGUUUUGGAACUAAGGUUGACCCAAAGCGGUUUAAAAACAGGAACUCAGAACCCAGUGGGAUAGAAGAAUGUCAGCACAUCCGAUCCUCAGCCCUCACUACUUCCUCCUGCUGGAUUGUGGUUUUGGUGGUGCUGCCGCAGCUUUCAGACAGCGAAUGAAUGGAGCACUUCCCAGAGUUUGAUGAGGUGCUAAGCCACAACUACAUGUUUCCUCAAUCAAAUUCACACAAACACAUACACCCCGUGCGUGAUAGACCUUGGGGUCACAAAUUUCAGUGGCUCCCUGUACAACAUCAACAUUUGGCACCCCCCGCCUUGUGCCUUCCAUUUUACACCAUAGUCGUGGCACCCCCUGCAGUGUCCCCGAGACUCAGCAACUAUGAUGUGGAAGGCAGAAUGCUCCCCUAAAUCUGCCUCUGCCCCCCACCAUUUUGAAACCAAAUGACCUAGGCACAUAGAACCACAGAAUCAUAGAAGAUGAGUAGGAAGUCUCCCCUUGAGUCUGGUCCAUGCAAGGACUUAAUGAGCCAAUCUUAAAAUAUUAUGUAUUAAUUAAAAAAAAAGUUUUACAUCAGAAAAAUAUGGCACUUGUUACAAGAAGCAGCCACAUCUAUCCCCCCAUUCUGUCCCUACAGUGGCCAACCAGGUGUCUCAAUGGGGAGCCCUCAAAGCAGGACCACAUUGCAGAUUCUGUAGGUUUCUCUGUCAUUUGAGGAUUACGUUGGGGGUCCCCUCCCUCCCCACCUCUCUCUGCCAAGAGAAAUCUUUUGGUUUCAUCUGUUUGGCUCCAUGCGCAGCAGACGCUCCCUGUUUUAUCUCUCUCUCCCUCUCUUUCCUUUUUUUUUGGGGGGGGGGGAUGAAAAAAUUAUUUAUUGAAAUUCAUUAAUGUCAUUACAGAUUUAACUUCACACAUAUACAUACUAUAUAUAUAUAUAUAUAUAUAUAUAUAUAUAUAUAUCACAUUCUAUGUUAAACUAAUUUAAGAAUAUAUAUAUUCUUAAAUUAGUUUAACAUAGAAUGUUAAUUUGACCUUCUAAUUCCACUUAGAUAUCAGCUAAGCUAAAAUCAUAUAAUGGUACAUAAAAUAAAACAAAACAACAACAACAAACUGAAGUAAAAUAAAUAUAGACUUCCCAUCAUUUCCUGAUAUAAUUGACAUUUGUGAUUUUGAAUGUACUUAUAAUUAUUACCUUACAUUUAAUAUACAGUCAUACUUCGGGAUGAAUACGCUUCAGGUUAAGCAUUUUCGGGUUGCGCUCCGUGGUGAGCCAGAAGUAACGGAACGUGUUACUUCCGGGUUUCGCCGCAUGCGCAUGUGCAGAUGCUCAAAGUGACGACGCGCGCAUGCGCGGAAGCGGCGAAACGUGACCCGCGCGUGCGCAGUCGCGCAGUCACAUGUUACGUUCACUUCAGGAUGCGAACGGGGCUCCGGAACGGAUCCCGUUCGCAUCCAGAGGUACCACUGUACUUUCCAAUACUUUCUUACAACCUAGCGUACCGAUUUUCCUUUAUUUCUUAAUAUUUUAUUUACACAAGGGUCAUUCAGACACUACCAUAGAUAAUAUGUCGCUGUUUGUUUGUUUUUUGUUUGUUUUUUGUAAGUAUCUGUUUUAUCUCUCUCUUUGCAGUAUGACCAAUCAUGGGGACGCAAUUCUGGGACAAUCAGAGAGAAUCCAUGCUCUGAACCUAAUUUUGUCCUCUGGGGAGUCCUUCAGCUUGGCUGGAACCAAGAUAUACUUUGGAUCUUUGUCUUUCACUCUUUUUUUAAUGUCACAGGCCUUGGCUUGAGAUGAAGUGCUUCUGGAUAGCCCUGAGACAUACUUGCACCUGGAGGAAAAUUCUAAGACUUGCACCCGGGUGGGGGACUCUUAGUUGAUGUGGGGGUUUUUGGUAUUAACAGUGUAAUCAGAAGAAUUUCAGAAGAGGCUGCGGGAUCAGGCCAAACUAGAAGCCGACAGGUCAAACUAGAAGCACAACAGCAGCCUCCCCUUCUCUGAUGCCCAGUAGCUGGUCUUCAGAGGCAAGAUGUUUUUGAUAAUGGAGUGAUGACAUAGACAUUAUGGCUAGUGGCUACUGAUAGCCUUAUCUUAUAUGAAAUUUUCUGAACUCCUUUUAAAGUUAUCCUGCAUCUCUUUACCUUGACCUCUAACGGUUGAGCUGUUCUGAGACCCACCACCUUUGUUUUGUGCUGUUCUGUUUCAUUUGGAAUAGUUUGGCCUGUUUAAUAAUUGUAAUAGAGUCACCUGUUUUGAUAAUGGUAUGUUGCAUUGUGGUUUAUUAACAAAAAAUAUUUAUAAUUUUCAGAUUUAUGCAUUUUAUUAAUUUUACAAUCAUUUUAACAUUUCAAAACUUGACUUCCUUCUCCCUCUUUCUGCUGUUCCUUAAAUUUAUUUUUUAAUAUCUUCUGCAUCUCCAAAUUCAUUUAAUUUGCUCAUUUAUUUAUCUACUUUAAAUAUAUACUCGUAUGAAACUGCAGGUUAUUACAAUAAUCAUCCCAAUGUUUUUAUCUGUUUGCAAUUUAUCUGUAAAUAGUCAAUAAACCAUUUCCAUUUUUUUUAAUAAAAAGCUUGUUAUCUUGAUCUCUUAUUCUUCUGACAAGUUUUGCCAUUUAUGCAUAUUCCAUAAGUUUUUGUAUCCAUUCUUCCUUUGCUGGGACUUCUGCUUCUUUCCAUUUUGGGGCAAGUAGCAUUCUUGCUGCUGUAGCAGCAUACAUGAAUAAAUUCCUGUACAAUUUAGGUAGUUCUGUCCCUAUAAAUCUCAAAAGAAAAGCUUCUGGUGUUUGUUUUUUUACAAAUUGUUAUGUACUGAAGUUCUCACCCUGGGCCAGCAGGGGGAUACUGUAGAUAGUUAUGAAAAUGAAGGAUCGAAAGUGACGUUCAGUGAUUGGAUAGUUUGUAUGCAAAUGAAGGAUUGAAAGUGACGUUCAGUGAUUGGAUAGUUUUAGAAAGUUGCUACAGUUACGUUGUUCUGGAGCUCUAUAUAAGCAGGCUGACUGAACCCUUCAGUUCAGUUCUGUUCUGGCCUCUGAAUAAACAAGAGCUGUUUGAAGAAUCGCUGUGUUGUCUGAUAUGUUCACCCAAAACUUAACACAAAUGUUAUUUUAAACAUCCUUUUCAAUUCAUUAUAUAUCAUUUCCUGGUAUAUUGCAGUGUUGUUAGCUGCCAGAAAGCUGGAUAAUAAGCAAACAAACAUGGGAAGCCCACAAGCGGGAACUUAAUCUGGUCAUGUUCUUUCCCCACUUCAGAUUGCCAGCAACUGGCAGUGCCUUAGUACUUAACACUCAGAUCAUAAAGUUAUUGUAAUGGAAUGGAAGAGUAAAGACCCAACAGCACGGAGGUGGAGAAUAAAUGACAGUUAGAUAAUACAGAAAUAUUAGAAAGAAGUAAAAAAAAUCUAAAUACAUACUUUGAAUUAAAUCUAAAUAAAGGUACAGAUAUUAAUGUAGUCUGGGAUGCAAGUAAAAUAGACAAACUAACAGCAAAAAUUCGACAUCAGGGUGAUGAAACAUAUCAAAAAGAAUGGGGGAAAUUUAUGUUAUAUAGAGAGAAGAUGAUGUGAAAUAGGGAAACCAGUAGAACUGAAAUAAACCUCAUAACGGGAAAAUACAAAGAAAUUUAUUGGACAAUAAUAUCAAAAUGAAUUAAAAAUGUAUAUUAUGACCAAGGUUAAACAGUAUUUGUAAAUGAAUAUAGACAGACAACAAUAAUUGUAUAUAUAGAAAGAUUUGUUUGUUUACGGACAUUUCAUGGACAAAAAUUGAACAACUAUAUACAAAAUGGAUAAAGACAAUGCAAAAAGUUAAAGACGACACAAAAAAGCCAGAAGAAGGAAGGAGGAAAGUCAGCUCUUGAGAGCAAGAAUAAAUGUAAAAUGUAAUAUAAUAUGUGUAUGUAUAGUAUGUAAUUAUAAAAAACCAAUAAAGAUCAUCUUUAUU